CGUGUUGUGAGCCAUAGCCUGCAGCUUUAACCCUCGAGUAAACCCCAUGAUCGGACUCGCCUUUGCUUUGGGUAGAAUGCAACUUCCCUCGCCUCUCUUUCGCGGAAGAGAAAAGCAGGAAGUAAAAUAAACAGGAGCGACCAUGUGCCGUAGAAAAAAGGGGUGGAUGGGGGGGGGGGAACUUCGCUGCAACUUGGGAAGAAAAUUGCAGCAGGCUGCGUCUCUAGGGAUCGUCCGCCCCGUCGCUGGGACCCAGGAUCACAGAUCCAAAGUGGGAACUUUGAAUUUCGGCAGCGUAAAAGUGACAGCCGGGAGAGAGGAGACGCAGCGCCUCCCCAUCCCCUGCGCGAGGCAUAGAUUGCGCCGCUGAGUGCUUUGGAAACAUACGAUGGAAGGGCGCAAAAGUCUUUGUCUCCGUUGGGUGCUAAUUUCUCCGGGUCGGAUGAGAUCCUGCAGGGCGUGGAGCCUCGCCAUACUACUGGGUCUCACAGUGCAAGUAGCCUUUGGGGCUUUCCUGAUAAAUGUGGACGUGUCACAGACCGAAAGGGAAUUGAAGCACUUUUGGAAAAGCACAGGAUAUUGUCCUCCUCUACCACACAGGAAAGCAGAUUUAUUUGAUCUCAGCAAAGACCAAAUAAUUAACCUGGCUUAUAUUUCUUCUGUGCCACACAAUGGCAUCGAGCAAAUUCGAAUCCACUGGCUCCUGGAACUUAUUCAAGUCAGGGAGGCCAAUGGGACACUUCAUUACAAUUUCACCAACCUGGAUAACUUCAUGGAUCUUCUUUGGGAAAACAAGCUACGUCCUGGAUUCGAAUUGAUGGGAAGUCCCUCAGGAUACUUCACUGACUUUGAAGAUAAAAGGCAGGUGAUACAAUGGAAGGACCUGGUUACACAGUUGGCCGAAAGAUAUAUAGAACGUUAUGGAUUGAAGCAUGUUUCUAAAUGGAAUUUUGAGACUUGGAACGAGCCAGAUCACCAUGACUUUGACAACGUAUCCAUGACAGUUAAUGGAUUUCUCAACUACUAUGAUGCUUGCUCUGAAGGUUUAAGACAAGCCAGUUCUCAGCUGAAAUUUGGAGGUCCUGGAGACUCCUUCCACCCAUUCCCAAAGUCCCCCAUGUGCUGGAGCCUCCUGUGUCACUGCCACAAUGGAACUAAUUUCUUCACUGGAGAGACUGGCGUCCGGCUAGACUACAUUGCCAUGCAUAAGAAGGGAGCUGGGCGGUCGCUGUACAUCUUAGAACAAGAAACUGAAGCAGUGGGACAGAUCCAGAAGCUCUUUCCCAGGUUCACCUCUGUGCCUGUAUACAACGACGAGGCAGAUCCGCUGGUGGGAUGGUCCGUUCCGCAGCUGUGGAGAGCGGAUGUCACCUAUGCAGCCAUGGUGGCUAAGGUAGACUUGAGCUGCGUCGUUUUCUGCACCUCUACCAUCUCUUCUGUUGCACCGGUGCCCAUCCUCAUUUGUUUUAUCUCUAUAGGCCUCUGUUUAAACAUAGGUGUGAUUUCUUUAGCGUAUCACCUCUCCUGUCAAGGCUCACAGUGAGUUCCUUCUUCUGCAGAAGCCUUCGAAUUACUCGGCCCACUGGUGUAGCUUAUAAACAAGUAACUUUUUUGGCAGGUAGGUGGAGAAAAAAUCCCUGUGAAGCCUAUGAAU